GGGUGGUGUUGACGGGACCUCGCAUUGCCGCGCUCGCCAUUGGUCCGCGCGGCUUCUCUCCCUCUCCCUCGUGCUCGCUCGCGCUUUCCUUUGGGACCGGCGGCGGCGAGAGCGGCGAAGGCGCUACGAGCACGGCUCAAAUCGCUCACCGAUCGCGACUGUGCAAGUCGUUGUUUCGUCCUCAGUCUCAGCAACAGCACCAGCAUGUCCGGACGCGGCAAAGGCGGCAAGGCGAAGGGCAAGAGCAAGACGCGUUCCAGCCGCGCGGGUCUCCAGUUCCCCGUGGGCCGUAUCCACCGUCUCCUGCGCAAGGGAAACUACGCCGAGCGCGUCGGAGCGGGCGCUCCCGUCUACCUCGCGGCCGUCCUCGAGUACCUGGCUGCCGAAGUGCUCGAGCUCGCUGGCAACGCGGCUCGUGACAACAAGAAGACCAGGAUCAUCCCCCGCCACCUGCAGCUCGCCAUCCGCAACGACGAGGAGCUGAACAAGCUGCUCUCCGGCGUGACGAUCGCGCAGGGCGGCGUCUUGCCCAACAUCCAAGCUGUGCUUCUCCCAAAGAAGACCGAGAAGAAGGCGUAAGCGAGCUCCCAGCCGCCGGACUACAGUCGCGCUCGUCGCACAACCCAACGGUCCUUGUCAGGACCACCGAAAUGCGUGUGACGGCAGGGUUUUGCUUGGCAAUCCCGUUCUCUGCGCCCGUUUCCCUCUGUUUGAAUUAUCGCAACCGUGCCCACUCUUGAACUGACGCUGCUGCUGCUGCUAGCUAGCUGGCAUGUCAGUGCACGAAUGUAGAUAGAAAGCGAGCUUCAGGGUGUCCGGGGGCGCACAGGCACGAGCCUCACUGCAAUUCGCGUAGUGGACUGUGAUAUGGGCCCUUAAAAACAAACAACAAAUGGGCCAUAUCCGCAACCAGCAUGCACUUACUUAUGAGCCAGGCAGGUAUGCAUGAGGAACGUGAACAAACGCACGCAUGGCAUUCCAAUACACGAAAGCUUGCACGCAACAUCGGCCGCGUUAAUUUCGUUUUGGGGCGCGGCUUCUUCGCAUGAAUGCGCGAACCGUUUCGCAACGAACGCGCAUUUUGUUUCUUUUUUUUAUUUUCCUCUCUCUUCUUGUUCGUGCUCGAGCGCGCGCAAUACUUACCAUAUGCAUACCAAACGAGGCAACACCUCGCACCGGCAGCCCACCACAGACACACACGCACAAAUAUUAAUAAUAAAAAAACAACAACAGAACAGACAGACCGAGAGGGUACGGUUGGAGUACGUGGUCUCGCGUGCUCCCGUGGCCGAAGCAAACAUGUAGGUGGUCCUGAGAAGGACCGUUUUGUGUUGCUUGCCUGACCGACCGAGGCUGCGGCGCAGACAGCGGCCGAACUUAGGCGCGCUCGCCACGGAUGCGCCGGGCCAGCU